AUGCAGAUAUCUGGGUACUGUGUGUACCAAAUCUAUUUCCAUCCUCUGAGCAAAUACCCAGGACCUCUAAGUUCCAAGCUCACCUCCUUCCGGGCGGCCUACCAUGCAUGGACGGAAGACCAACACCUGGAUAUAUGGAGAUGUCAUCAGAAAUAUGGUCCCAUAGUUCGGUACCGGCCUGAUUACAUUUCAUUCAACACGGUAGAUGCAUACAAAGAUAUCUACUCCGGUGACACGACCACCAAGCCCCGAGUCUACGAGCACCUGCAACGCCAGCACGCAAGUAUUCUCACACUGCGCGACAACAAGGCGCAUAGCAUUCGACGGAGACUGCUGGGUCAUGGAUUAAGCUCCACGGCGGUGACAGACAUGGAGCCUCGAAUGCUGCGCCAUGUGCGCAAUUUCUGCCAUGCAUUAGGCGCGGGGCUUGAUACCACGCAGGGUGAAAAGGGUGCGUGGGGAAGUCCGUUGGAAAUGGCCGACUGGUGCAGCUAUCUUACGUUCGACAUCAUGGUGGAUAUUGUCUUCGGGGUCAGCGGCGACCUGCUCGUUGACCCUUCGCAACGGUCUAUAGUGGAGGAUAUCGGCAUCUCCAGUAAAAGAGCUUUUGUGCUGAUCAAUGCACCGUUGUUGUAUCUGGGACGCAUGGACAGGAAGCUGUUCCCUGGCUCGGUGAGCAGUCGGAGGAGGUUCUUGCGGCUUGUUGAUGAGCUGGUGGCUAGAAGCACGUCGCUUUCGGCGGAGGAGAAAUCUCGCGCUGUCGUUCAUAGACUGCUGGCCGGGAGGGAUGCAGAGGCGAAUGGUGGGAAUCCGGAUAUUCAAUCGCUCGUCUCUGAUGCUACUACUCUGACUGUUGCCGGUAUGUUUGAUCAUCACUUGUCAAGGAACCUAGCACUGAUCAAUCACACUACAACAGGAUUCGACACAACCGCACCAGCCCUAAGCGCCACAUUCUUCUACCUAAGCCGAUCCCCAUCCGUCUACAACCGCCUCGUAACCGAGAUCCGCCAGCGAUUCUCCUCAUCCGACGAGAUCAAACAAGGCGAGCCGCUAAACAACUGUACCUACCUGCGCGCCUGCAUCGACGAGACACUGCGAAUAACACCACCCGUCGCCACUGCCCUCUUCCGGGAGGUCCUCCCCGGCGGCGAGCUGAUCGACGGACACCACGUCCCUGCGGGAUACCACGCCGGCACAAGCGCAUACAGCGUCCACCAUCGAGCUGACUAUUUUCACCUGCCGAACGAGUACAUCCCCGAGCGCUGGCUGAACCCGUCGGAGACGAGGGGUGGGGUGCAUAAUCCGGCGGCGUAUAUUCCGUUUCUGCGGGGCCCGCGGUCGUGUUUGGGCCGGUCGUUGGCUUAUUGGGAGUUGCUUGUUACGGUGGCGAUGGUAUUGUGGGAGUUUGACUUGAGGGCUGUGGAUGGGUCGGAGGCGGGUGUUGGGGGUGGAGAUUCGAUGUUGGGUAUGCCUGGGAGAAAUAAUCCUGGGGAGUAUCAGCUUUUUGAUCGGGGGACUUGUGGGAGGGUUGGGCCAGUUGUGCAGUUUAGACGGCGGGAUAUAGUGUAG